AUGAUCCCUUUUGGCUUGCGAAAUCGCCGUCGUCGCGUGCUGACCCGCCGCAAUCUCGUGGUCGCAACGUCGCUGAUCACACUGGCUAUUUUGCUGCUCAACAAUGUCGAUCUCUACCGGUUUCGGGUGAUACAUCACGAGGUUCACGACACGCAACCUAUAACCCAGAUCGAUCAAACAGCACGUGCUUUAAUGAAGUGGGAGAUUACCUCAGAGGCUUUUCGGAACAAAAAUUUGAAUGGUCUUAUGGUGCCUGGAGACGAUGAUUUGAGUCUUUCCUCGUUCGAAACAGAAUUGCUCAAUAAGGCGCAUCAGGUGGGCGGAAACAGUUGGUUGUUAAACACUCUACCGCACGACAACGUUGCGGUUUGGAAACCCAAAGAGUUCGAAGUUUUGCCCAGGUUUGAGCAUUCCUUCGACAGAUUGUUCUGGAAUGAGCACAGCCCAGAGUCUCUCCAGAAUACGGAGCAUAUUUUGUCGUAUGACCCCCGCUUCACAUUGAGUCUUUAUCUCAACUAUAUCCGGAAGGAGUUCCUUAUGAAGAACCCUAAGAAUGAGCGGAAUCCAAAGGCAGACUCAACCAUCAGAGUGCCGUUUUCGUGGACGGAUUGGACCGACUUCACGUACCUGAACCCGUUUAUAACGCGACCACCUGAGUCGAAGGUCUCGUGCGAGGAGCUCAUUUCCAGAGCCAACGGGAAUGAGGCCGAGGGGUUUUGUACCAAUGCUGCAGACAUCACUUCGGAGAUGCUCUCCAAGUGGAAACUGCCAUCAGUGGAUGCGCUUCCGGGAUUUGCGGUCACUAAGUACAUAAGCACAAGAACCAAUCCGGAGGAUAUGCUGCUUGUCUCGAAGACCUAUCUCCUGACUAGUGUUCCUCCUCCAGCGAGGAUCAUGUUCCAGGCAAAGGGUGGUUCCUACCAGGUGUUAGUAGAUGGAACGCAAAAGGCGAUAGAAUCCGAACUCAUGGAUUCGUAUUUGUUUGAGCAUGGGCUCACCAAAGAGAGCGACAAAAUUCCCCUGAAUGCAAUGGAAGAGUUUGACAAGCUCAUCAGUGAGAUUCCGCCUCGGUAUGCUGCCCAGCCACAAUUGGCCCAAAUUCUCAAUCCCGAGACCCAGAACCGGCUGCAUCUUAUUCCCGAGAUGUUUGAAUUUGGAACCGCAAAGGUGGAGAAGAUUCUGGCAGAAUGCGAGGCAAAGGUUGAGGCUCACGAGAUUGAAUUUGACAACUGGCAAAACGGCUUGGUGACAGAAGACGAUUAUUAUUCUCGUUUCUUCAUGCCUGAGAACGAAGUUUCGUACUGCAAGAACCUGCGUGUUUCCUAUGAUCUGGCAGACCAAGAUCUGGGCAAAUUCUUUUUCGAGGCCCAGCUGACAAUGCCUCUUCCAAACUCGGAUAACGGUCACCAUUACGAUUUCCGGUUCUAUGCGGGCGGAUUUUCGCAGAAAUUGCACGAGUCCUUCAACGAGGAGCAAUUGACUCAGCGGAAACGUAUUGUUCUACAAAGACUGAUCCGUAACUGGCUCUCGUUCACGUACGACCAGGGCAUUGUUCAAUGGAUAGCACAUGGCUCGUUGCUUGCGUGGUACUGGGACGGAAUGACGUUCCCCUGGGAUAUGGAUACAGAUGUUCAGAUGCCCGUCACGGAAUUAGACAGAUUCGGCAAGCUGUACAACCAGACACUGGUAGUGGAAGAUCCACGUGAAGGAUACGGAAAGUUCUUCAUCGACUGUGGAACUUUCUCAACACACCGUGUGAAGGGAAAUGGAAACAACAAUAUCGAUGCCAGAUUCAUCGAUGUGGAUUCCGGAACCUUCAUAGACAUCACCGGUUUGGCCAUCACCAACACCAAGAUGCCGGUUAGGUACCAUGACUAUGCCAACAGAUGGAAACAGGCGUAUGGCGAAGAGUCGACUAUCCCCGUUUUCAACUGUAGAAACAACCAUUUCUACUCGUUUGACGAGAUAUCGCCCAUGAGACUCACCAUGAUGGAAGGUGUCCCCACCGCCAUACCCAAUAAGAUCAAGGACAUGCUAAUUGUCGAGUAUAAAAAGGGUCUUGCCAGGUCUGAAUGUGAACAUUUCAACUUUGUGGAGAAGUUAGGACUUUGGAUCCAUGAGGACAAGAUCAAAAAGAUUCUUCCACACACAGCGUAUGAAGAGGAAGACGGAAAGUUCUCCAUCGACAGAUUUGCCUCAUGGGUAAAUGAGCUUUCUGAUGAGCAGGUCAUACAGUUGCUGGACUAUCCUGAAAUCAGCACGGACUAUUUGAAGACCCAUAAGCUCUCCAGAUUCCACAGGCAGGAGAUGAAAGCGAUUUCCAGUACACACAAACAGACUGACGCGCUUUUUGGCCAUAUCAAGAUGUAUGAGCCUUUGAGAAUGACCCUGUUUGAUUGGCUGAAUGAGAGACAGUGA